AUGUUGUUUGACGAGAUGGGGUUUUGCAAUGAUUUGGAUACUAUACCUGCUACCCUUGGAGAAGAAAAUAUUACCGCCCGGCAAACUGAUACAGAGGCCAUAGUUGAGGAUGAUUUUAGCGACGAAGAAAUUGGAGUAGAUGAGCUUGAGCACAGGAUGUGGAAGGACAAAAUGCUUCUGAAGCGAUUAAAGGAACAAAGUAAAUCUAAAGAAGGAAUUGAUGCUGUGAAGCAGAGGCAGUCGCAAGAACAGGCAAGGAGGAAAAAGAUGUCCAGGGCGCAAGAUGGAAUCUUGAAGUACAUGCUGAAGAUGAUGGAGGUUUGCAAGGCCCAAGGAUUCGUUUAUGGGAUAAUUCCCGAGAAGGGGAAACCGGUGACGGGAGCAUCUGAUAAUCUUCGUGAAUGGUGGAAGGAUAAAGUCAGAUUUGAUCGUAAUGGACCUGCUGCUAUAACGAAGUAUCAAGCUGAUAAUGCUAUCCUGGGGAGAAACGAUGGAUGCAAUUCGAUUGGCCCAACUCCACAUACCUUGCAAGAGCUGCAGGACACAACCUUGGGUUCUCUCUUGUCAGCACUCAUGCAGCACUGUGAUCCUCCUCAAAGGCGGUUUCCAUUGGAGAAGGGUAUUCCUCCACCAUGGUGGCCCACAGGAAAUGAACUGUGGUGGCCUGAAAUUGGUUUACCUAAAGAUCAAAGUGCACCUCCUUACAAGAAGCCCCAUGACCUAAAGAAGGCAUGGAAAGUUGGUGUUCUGACUGCAGUUAUAAAACACAUGUCCCCGGAUAUUGCCAAAAUUCGCAAGCUUGUGAGGCAGUCCAAAUGUCUCCAAGAUAAGAUGACAGCCAAGGAAAGUGCAACCUGGCUGGCAAUCAUCAAUCAAGAGGAGGCCUUGGCAAGAGAGCUUUACCCUGAUUAUAUUCCCCCAUUAGCCUCAGCUGGAGGUAGUGGAUCUUUGGUCAUCAAUGAUAGCAGUGAGUAUGAUGUUGAAGGGGGUGAGGAUGAUCCUAACUUUGAUGUAGAAGACAGGAAACAUGAGAAUAUUCAUAUGUCUAAUCUGGGGAUGGAGAGAAUAAGGGGAACUCUGCCAGUUCAGCGGCCCUCUUUUUCAAUCAAGGGAGAGGCAGUUACAAAUUUGGAUUUCAUUAGGAAGAGGAAGGUCCCUAAUGACUUUAACAUGAUGGAUUUGAAAAUUUACACUUGUGAACAGCCUCAGUGCCCUUACAGUCAAGUUCACCUUGGUUUCUCUGACAGAGUUUCUAGGGACAAUCAUCGGUUAAUUUGUGCAUAUAGAUGUUCUUCUUCAGAAUUUGGGGGUCCAAAUUUUCACGUUAACGAGGUAAAGCCAGUUAUAUACCCCCAGUCAUUAGUUCAACCGAAACCUACUGCUCAAUCUGCUAUUAUGGUUCCGCCUUUAAUUGAUCUUACUGGACUUGAAGUUUCAGAAGAAGGCAAGAAAAUGAUCAGCGACCUUAUGACUAACUAUGAUACAAAUGUUCAAGGCAACAAGAACAUAAGUUCCUGUAAUCGUGUAGCUGGCGAAAAUUUGAACCUUUCUCAGAAUUGCAUGCAGCAGCAACAGGACAACUUCAUUCGCGGCCAAGGAAUCACUAUUGAAGGAAACGUCUUCGAUGAAGCAAACAUGUCAAAUAAUCAUCAUUUGUUUGCAAGAGAUGAAUGCCAAUUUGACCGGUUCAAAGCUUUGAAUACCUCCUUCGAGACCAAUCACAACAACAAUAACUUUCACUCGAUGUUUGGGUCCUUUUGUGAUUUGGCAUCAUUUGAUAUGAAGGAGGAUAUGCAAGGCGUUGCGAUGGAUGCUCUUCAGAAACAGCCAGAUUUUUCUAUAUGGUAUCAGUGA